AGAUUUGGGCCAUAUGACUACUGCAACACACAAUAUACACAAUACACACAAGCAAGCAGUCAAGAAGUGGAAGGAAACAAUGGCACAGGCAGCGAAGGAGUACAUACUGGAUCCUGUCCACCAUGUUAUGGGUCAGGGGAAAGCACUGAUCAACCGUCUAUGUGAUGACCUGGAACCGUGGCAAAUUGUUGUGUACACUGGAAGUGCAACAGCAACAGUCAUAUUUCUGAAACAGUUCCUUUUCCAUGAUGAUGAAACCUUGUCUUUUAGAGCAAAGAGGGAGUUUUUCAAAUGGGUCAAAAGGAUUCCGAUGGUCAGAAAGAAGAUUGAGGCAGAAAUGGGCAAAGCUACCAAGGCUGUUGCAGAAAGCAUGAACCAAUCAGUGGAGGGCUCUUAUCUUCACACACUUCCACUCCAGGGUUUACAAGAGGCUGAACUUAUGGAAGUGCUUGGAAGGUACAAGAAAAUGACAAAUAAUACUUGGAAGAAAGGAAUGGUGUCAGGAACAGUGUACAGUGGAGAUGACAAACUCACUGAGCUCAUGGCUAAGACAUAUGGCAUGUUUGCUUGGGCCAACCCACUUCACCCAGAUGUCUUUCCGGAUGUGAGAAAAAUGGAGGCGGAGGUUGUGCGUAUGUGCUGCUCAAUGUUCAACGGGGAUGAGGAGACCUGUGGGGCUGUCACCUCAGGGGGCACGGAGAGUAUAAUGUUGGCCUUGCUAGCGUACAGGAACAUGGCCCGAGAUCGUGGAAUCAAAAUUCCUGAAAUCAUUGUGCCGGUCACAGUCCAUGCAGCUUUUGACAAGGGCGCCAGUUACUUUCACAUGAAAAUAACUCACAUUCCGGUGGACGAAAAGACUCGCAUGGUUGACAUAGCAGCUAUGAAGAGAGCCAUUAGCAGGAAGACAUGUGUGCUGGUGGCAUCAGCUCCACAGUUCCCUCAUGGCAUCAUUGACCCAGUUCAAGAAGUGGCAAAGCUUGGAGAGAAAUAUGGCAUCCCUGUGCAUGUGGACUGUUGUCUUGGAGGCUUCCUCUUGCCAUUCAUGGAUAAAGCUGGCUUUCCAUUGAAGCCAUUUGACUUCCGUGUGCCUGGUGUGACCAGUAUAUCAGCCGAUACUCACAAGUACGGCUUUGCUCCCAAGGGUUCUUCUGUGAUAAUGUAUCGCAACAAAGAGUUGAGAUCUCGCCAGUUCUUUGUGCAGCCUGACUGGACAGGUGGCAUCUACGCCUCACCCACUUUUGCAGGCAGCAGAGCAGGAGCCAUCAUCGCUGCUUGUUGGGCCACAAUGAUGCACUUUGGAGAAGAGGGCUACGUGGACUCCACGCGCAGAAUUGUGUCGACAGCACGCUACAUUUCCAGCAAGUUGAAAGCUGUUGAAGGAAUCUUUGUCUUUGGAGAACCGGAGGUCUCUGUGGUUGGUAUUGGCUCAGACGAUUUCAAUGUAUUCCGACUCUUUGAUGCUUUGGUAGAAAAGGGCUGGAACCUGAACUCCUUGCAGUUUCCCUCUAGUCUGCAUUUGUGUGUGACGCUGCCUGUCACUCAGCCGGGAGUUGCUGACUCCUUUGUGAAGGAUGUGGUGGAGAGUGUGGCAGUGAUCAUGAAGGACCCCAAGGCAGAAUGUGGAGGAGCUGGCGCUAUUUAUGGCAUGGCUCAAAGUAUUCCUGAUCGCAGCUUGGUCAAUGAGAUUGCAAGAGCAUUCCUGGAUGCCUGCUACAUCACUGAAAAUCCAUCCGUUGCUAAUGGCGCAGCUACCAAUGGGACUGUGGGCAACGGUGAUGUUGCAAAAGCUUGAAGGAGUGGCUGGGGAAGAAGUUAAACUGGCGUCGCAUAAUUUUUCCAUGACAUAGGAUACGAGAGGAGAGAACUCUGUGUCACUUCUGGGACCACACUAGUAUUGCCAGAGUUGCCUUUUUGUUGGUCGGUUGAUAUGGGGUGGGAAAUUAAUGCCAUUUCUGUCCUUGAACUUGGGUUUUUGUUUGUUUUUGUUUCUUCAUCAUUUUGAUCAAUGCAAUGCCCGUGCUGGCAUGUGAGAUUCUCUCUUGGGGAAACCUCGAGUGAAGUGAUGCUCAGUGUCUUGGAGGGUGGAUGUAUAUUGUCAUGGCCAAAAAGCAUUUCGUCUCAGGUAACAUUUUGUUUGUUUGUAUUAUGUAAUGUACAUUUCUAUUUUUAGAGUUCUGCAUAUUUAUUAAGUCAUUGUCAUGGUAAGUCAAUAAGGCAGGUUGCUAUAUCUGAGUCUGGUUGACUUGUGGUCGAGUGUGUCUAUGUUGCUGGUUCUGAUUUUUGAUUGACAAUCUUGCUUUACUCAAUAUUUGGAUAUCAAGAAUGUUUACUUAAAAGGGACAAAGUUUUUAUCAGAUUUUAUUCUAUCAGUACUAGAAAAACUAUUUCUACACUUGAACAAUUCAUUUUUAAACCUCUUUAUUUUCAAAAGCUAUACUGUAAUUUUGAUGUUGCAAGCACUUUUCCUUUUUAUUGCAUAAAAUGUUUGCCUGUGAUUUCAUAUUUCAAUGAUAGCCCUAUUUAUCUUCAAUUUUUGGAGCGACCCCCCCCCCCCCCCCCCCAGACAAAGCUUCUGAAAUAAGAGACCAACUUACCAUUCAUCAUUCAUUAGAAAAUCAAAAUACUUGUUUUUGCACAAGUGUUUGGGGAGAAAAAAAUGUUUUCGAUAAUGUAGUUUUGGGUAUAGAGGUGCUUAUGUUUUUUAAAAUCCUGUUGAUUUCACGAACAUACUAAUAUUGUCAUUGAAUUCUUUUGGGGACAGAGACAUUUGUCAAAAUGUCAGUUGUUUAUUUAGUGGAGAUAAGAGAUUGCUACUUGUUGUUGACAAAGGACUGAACAAGGUGUUAGAACAUACAUGGAGUUCCAUUUUUCACCUCUUCUAUUGUUCUUGAGAUUUUGUUUUUCCUGUUGUCUUUUCUAUCACCAUGCUUUAUGACAACUUAAACAAUUUAUGGCUUUUUACAAACUCUGGCUUUAUAAUAACUUGGGGUUAAACGUACCAAUUGUCUUUUCUUUUUUUUAAAAUCAAGAGUGUCACCUGAAAAUGUCGAUCUUGUUUGUCAGUACUCAGGGCAAGAAUUACCACUCCCAUCAACAAGCACAGACAAUGCUGUCUUGCCUCCUGUGUAUGUGACAAGCUUGUUUGGGCAAUAUAUUCUUACACAACGUGUUAAGGAUAUUGUGAGAUCCAUAACAUCAGAAGUGUAAAUCACCUAUCUAAUCUCUUGUUCUUUUGUAACUUUAAACUCACUCAACUCUGUUCUAUAUCAGAGUGCUAACACAUUUAAACUCUUUAUUCUUGGUUUUGGAAUUUAACUAAAACAGCAAGAUAUAUCUCUCCUAUUAGGAACGGAUUAACGUCACAAAAAAGUUGAUGAGAACUUUGAAAUAAACAAGUAGGCCUACGUGAAUGCAAGUGCCGGUUUUGACAAGGUGAAAAAUGGUAAGAAAAGAGCUCAUGUGGUGACAUGUAUUUUCAGCCUUGUUGACUGAUACUGUAUCCAUUAUUCCUGUAUGAGAUGUUCAGAUGAGAUGUAUGUCGCACAUGUUUUUUUGGUUUAAAAAAAAAGAAAAAUUUCAUUUUUGGAAGUGAAUCUAAGUCAUUUUUACAUGCAGAUGUGAUUGUGGAAGUAGUGAAGUAAGGCUGAGGUGGGAAAGGUUUGUAAUCUGUGUUAUGUACAGCAAAGAUGUAAAUGUUUGUAGAGGUAGCAUCAUGGUUGGGGCUGGAGAAGAACAGUUCAGGAAGAACAGACAAGGACUUCUUACUCAGGUGGCUUUCUUUGGAAGUGUGCGGCAAAUGUAGUGGAACCGCUGCAAUGCUCAUAUUUGACAUAUCACGCUCUAAGUGACAUGAUAAUACUCAGCUGUGGAUUUGAAUUAAGCUGUCCUGUUACAGUUAAAUAAAUGAUAAGGAUGUAACUAUUGCAACUAAAAUUGACACGGUUUUUAUUUACUUAUUAUUAUUAUUAUUUUUUUAGUUGAAUGUCUCUACUGUUAUCUAUUCAUUGUUGUAAUCCUUGAAGAGACGUGCCCCACAGGUCAGAUGGGUGUUGAUUUAACAGACACUGAUUUAGGUACAUGCAAUACUCAUAAGUUUAUCUGAUCAUGCUCUGUGCCUGUUUAGUGGGCAGAUUUGAUAUCACCAGGAGGAACCUUUCAACCCAAUUCCAUGUAUGCAUAUAUAUAUGUUUUUACAUAUAUUAAAUCUUUCAGAAUGACCCUAUAUGUAUUGGAUAUACAGUCGAACUUGAUCAAGUUGAUGACCUAUUGUCAAGGAGAAGAAAAGUGGUCCUCUUAGACAAGUGGUCCUCUUGGACAAUGUCACUAUAACGAA